AUGAAGUUACACGAAUGGCCAGAUGAAAGAGCGAAGGCCCGUACCUACACCACGGGCCGACACGGGGACGGACGCACCCGGCAGAGGGUGCAGCUGAUGAAUUUAUUCACCCGGGAUCGCAGCUCCUGCAGCUGGCAGGAGCCCGCGGUGACGUCACGGGCCGGAGUCACGUGGCGAAACCGCCCCCGCCCCCUCCCCGCCCGCGCCGCCGCCGCCUUCGGAGCGCCGGGUCUCGCCGCGGCAGCCGCUCGCAGCUCUCGGGGGAUCGAGGAGGGAGGCCUGUGGGCGCACGGGCGAGUCGGCCGGGAGCCGGAGCGGUUGAGGAGUCGGCAGCAGCGGCGCGGCGAGCUCCGGACAAGGCGGUCGACGCUCCUGAAAACUUGGGCGCGCGCUCGCGCCGUUGCCACCGCAGCUAUGAAGAUGGUCGCGCCCUGGACGCGGUUCUACUCCAACAGCUGCUGCCUGUGCUGCCAUGUCCGCACCGGCACCAUCCUGCUCGGUGUCUGGUACCUGAUCAUCAAUGCCGUGGUACUGUUGAUUUUAUUGAGUGCCCUGGCUGAUCCUGAUCAGUAUCACUUUUCAAGUUCUGAACUGGGCGGUGACUUUGAGUUCAUGGAUGAUGCCAACAUGUGCAUUGCCAUUGCGAUUUCUCUUCUCAUGAUUCUGAUAUGUGCUAUGGCUACUUAUGGAGCAUACAAGCAACACGCAGCCUGGAUUAUCCCAUUCUUCUGUUACCAGAUCUUUGAUUUUGCCCUGAACACCUUGGUUGCAAUCACUGUGCUUGUUUAUCCAAACUCCAUUCAGGAAUACAUACGACAACUGCCUCCUAAUUUUCCCUACAGAGAUGAUGUCAUGUCAGUGAAUCCUACCUGUUUGGUCCUUAUUAUUCUUCUGUUUAUUAGCAUCAUCUUGACUUUCAAGGGUUACUUGAUUAGCUGUGUUUGGAACUGCUACCGAUACAUCAACGGCAGGAACUCCUCCGAUGUCCUGGUUUACGUUACCAGCAAUGACAAUACGGUGCUGCUACCCCCGUAUGAUGAUGCCACUGUGAAUGGUGCUGCCAAGGAGCCGCCACCACCUUACGUGUCUGCCUAAGCGGAGCUGAGGGCAGCAGCUUGACUUUUUUGACAUCUGAGCAGUAGUUCUGUUAUUUCACUUUUGCGAUGAGCUCUCUGAGCUUGUUUGUUGCUGAAAUGCUACUUUUAAAAAUUUAGAUGUUAGGUUGAAACCUGUACUUUUCAACAUAUGCUUUACUAGAACACUGUGAUAGAUGAGCUGUAGAAUUAUUUCUGUAGGAUUCGGGGUGUAAUGGGCUUCACUAACCUUCCCCAGGCACUGAAACUUCCCCCAGUUCUGAUGGACCGAGAUUCAGAGAAGUUCGCUUUUGUACCUGCUGGGCUCCAAAGUUAGGCAGUUAGUCACACUUUUUCUCUCUACUCCCUCUAUUUGAAAGUGUAAAAUAAAACCAAAAGCAGACAA